CAUUUUGCCAACGUUGUGAUGAUUUUAGUAUAGGAGCCUUGCGUCUUAAGUUUUAUGCAUAUGCGUGUUUAGUGGAUCUCGAUGCCAGUAGACCAUUUGUUGCACAGUCUGUAAUUCUACACACAACUCGCCCUGCCACGCUACGUUCAAAUCCAAUUUUGAAAUAAUACACGGGUGCACAAAGCCGCAUACAAACAUAGAUUAGACCUACAACGUAUUCAGAAUUGGAAUGAUUUUUCCAAGUGUAAAACUGAGUCAUCACAUAUUUUUGUUUACAUUUUUGUUUCAGUAUUUAUAUCAUAUGUAGCAGAUUAGCAGAACACUAUAGAAGUUUAGAACCCAAUCACAUUUUGUGCGUUUAGAAUGAAGUAUGUAUCGACGUUAGCAGAUGAGUCCUCUGGGAGAGAGGUGGAAUUUGAAUACGCUGUGCUCAAUCCUUUUGCAGCGGAUGGGGGUCUUUGGGUACCUUCUGAGAUCCCUACUAUCUCCAAAGACACUCUACGCAGUUGGCAGGGGUUGUCAUAUCAAAAGAUUGCGUACAAUGUCUUGUCUCUGUAUAUAUCGCCGGACGAGUUGAGUGGUGAGGAAUUGACCGCACUCAUUGAGACAAGCUUGGCCGAUUUCUUCCACCCGGACAUCGCACCAACAGUGCGGGUAGGCGAUCGCUAUGUACUCGAGCUUUUCCAUGGGCACACUCUUGCCUUCAAAGACUAUGCGAUGCGAUUGACAGUAAACAUGGUGGCACACUUUGUACGCCGAAGAAAGCAAAAAGCAGAGGCAAGCUCUGCGGAUUCGCGAUCUAAAGUGAACGUAGUUGUGGCGACCAGUGGGGACACCGGGCCAAGCGCUGCGUCGGCUGCGAAGUUAAACUCCGAUGUCAUGAACUUUUGGUGCUUGUACCCAGUGGGAAAAGUAUCUCGGGCACAGGAGCUUCAGAUGACUACAAUGAAUGCCGACAAUGUUCACAUUCUGGCAAUCGAGGGCCUCGACUCGGACGGCUUGGAUAAAGUGAUUGAAGAGAUGAUGGCUGAUAAGAAUUUCGUUCAGGAUAUGCAACUCCUGAGUGUGAAUUCUGUUAACAUCUGUAGAGUUGUCGCUCAGAGCAUACACUUCAUAUACUCAUACCUUCAGAUCGUUCCUGCUUGUGAUAAAGAGGUCGUCUUCAGCAUUCCAUGCGGAGCUUGUGGCAACCAAUUCGGCGGAUACUUGGCGAGAUCGAUGGGCUUACCGGUGAAAGAAUUUAUCUUAACAAAUAAUGAGAACGCGUCAAUAGUCUCUCUCUUCGAGUCAGGGAAGAUGAGAAAGAGAGAUACGUUGGCGACAUACUCGAACGCGAUUGAUAUUCAAGUGCCGUAUAACAUCUUCCGAUACCUUUACUUUACUGGGGCUGAUUCAACCACGCUGAGGGAUUGGAUGGAUACGUUGACCAAUGGAAAGGGAGAGUUUGAACUAAAUUCUGAACAGCUUAAGCGCGUCCAAGAAGGCUACCGAAGUGUGGCCAUUUCAGAGAGCGAGACAAUCGCUACAAUGGAGAAGUUCUACAACAAUGAAGCGCAACCAUCGUAUCUUUUGGAUCCACACACCGCAGUCGCAAUGGCAGGCAGUUUGCGCUACUACCCACAGCAUCCCACUAAAUACAUAGAGGAACUGCCAAUUAUAGUUGUGUCGACAGCUCAUCCGUCUAAAUUCCAAGAUGUAUGCGAGAAGGUGACUGGUCCUGGCAGCACUGACUUGCUGCACCACUCGCUCCAGACCAUGAUGUAUCAGCGGGAAUAUUACUACAAAGUCAAGGGGCACGCUGAAGCGUUGGCACUCUUGAAGCGUAACAUGCCGCUGUGCUCUUAAGUCUUCUUCGUCCGCUGAUUCUGCUGCACAAGAAAAUCAGAUUGGACAUGAGCUCUAAUACCAAUUGACACGGAACGACUCGGAAACUUUUCAUACGAAGCGACUAUUAACACUCAGCUGUAGAAGGUUCAGUCGUGAUGAAUUGUCACUUUUGUGCAAGCGAGCGCUCGUUUUCUUCUGUGAAAGGAAGUCAGGAGCAUUACACCAUUGAGCAAUUCGGGUAUAUACAGCGUGGCCGCCUUAAAUUGCGAAAAGGACCUCGAAACGAUCACAGUACAUAUUUAAACGUAGGGUGUCGUUGAAGCAGUGGCACUUAAUACUAAUUCACGGCAAGGGCAACGUGUAAUAAACGUACCAAGUUCCGUUGCACAACACAAGCCGCAAGCCUGUAUACCUGUCGGGCGAGCCACGAUCGCCAAAUAUUCCCCGUGCAGUUUGACGGUUUUCAUGUGUAUCUAACAUUAGUCUGACGGGUUCUUAAAAUGGUUUUCAUGUAUAUCUAACACUAGUCUGACGGGUUCUUGAAAUAAAGUCGAAUUGAAAAACAGCUCAGUCGAUAAACUAUUAUUGGAGAGCUGCUCUCAAU